UUCAACAACGUUGGGUUUUCAGAUGGAGCUGGGAAACCUGGAAAACCUGGAACUUCAGGUUCUGGUGGAAUUCCUGGGAUACCUGGCAAUCUGCCACCAGGAAUGCCAAAACCACCAUCACAAGGUGGAGGUGGGAAGCCAGCACCAUCGGGUGGAGGUGGGGAUUCAGCACCAUGGGGUGGAGGUGGGAAGCCAGUACCAUCGGGUGGAGGUGGGGAUUCAGCACCAUGGGGUGGAGGUGGGAAGCCAGUACCAUCGGGUGGAAGUGCGAAGCAAGCACAAUCAUUGGAAAAUGACAAUGUAGACCUAUCGGUCAAUCCGUUGAGAAGUGCUUACAAAGCAGGCAUCAAAAGACAGCUCUAUGAGCUCAGUGCAACGCAGGCUGUUUUCAACUAUUUGGACAUGGCUACAAGCGCUGAGAACUUUCGCUUCAACGCCUUCAGAGAAGCAGCUGAAAAGAGGAGGAACCUUCCUUUCUUGACCAGUCCCACAGUAGCUGUCCAAGAUUCACCCAGACAACCAGAGCUUGUCGAGACGGUGCGAGAGCUGAUGGAUGAAAACUUCCAAGUGACUACUCAAGAACUGGAUGAGGGGCUCGGCGUUGGCGAGAGCACUGUCCACGACGUGCUCACACAAGACCUGCAACUGCGCAACGUGGCAUCAAUUUGGAUACCGCACCAACUGACCGAGGACAGCAAAGCGGCUCGCAUCAACGGCGCCAAGCACGUCCAGGCAUUUUUUUCCGCGAAGGCAUGGAGGCUUUCUGCAACAAGCUCAACAAGGCCUUUUGCAGCAAGCUUGUUCCGUGUAACAGGAAGCGGCCGCAAUGCCAAGUUUGAACAAAAUGACGCCUCGCCGAAGGAACGCGUCUACCCAGAAUGCAAACUCACGAACAUGGGAAAGGAAUACAUGGGGGAAAUUGAUGAGACGGAGACAGGAAAGGCAUGCCUUCGCUGGGAUUCCCAACCAUAUGGCAAACCAGAGGACUUCAUGCUGGAUACACCCUACGAAUGGCAUUUCUUGAACCUGAAUGUUUCAAUCCACGAGAAUCAUUGCCGGAAUCCAGGAAUGAGAGAGAGACCGUGGUGCUUCGUUUCCGACCAACAGAUUCAAUGGGAAUACUGCCAAAUUCCAUUCUGCUCCGAUAUGGAACCGCGCGAGUGCAAGCUGACCACCUUGGGAGGUGAGUACAUGGGAAGAAAGAACGUGACGAAAUCUGGCCGUCCAUGUCAGCCGUGGUCAAGCCAACAGCCCAACACUCACGAUCGGCUCAAGUUCCGUUCUGCAUUCCCAGAUGCAGGGAAGGAGAUGGAAUUGAAUCACAAUUUCUGCCGGAAUCCCGAUGCCGAAUUCGAGGGCCCUUGGUGUUACAACGGCGACAGCAUCGAUCCCCGUUGGGAAUACUGCGAUGUCCCCCCCUGUUGAUUCCUCUUUCCAUUCGGGAUCUCUCUUGCCUUGACUUAUCGCUUUCUCACACGACACGACAUAUUACCAUGAUUUGAACCUUCUCUACUUGUCCCUAGCCUCAAAAUUCACUGGGAUCCCAUAGCUGCUGGAAUAAUUAUUUCAAUAUUUUUCGUCACAUUUACCCGUGAGAAUGUUGAAGCAAUGAAUCCUAUUAAGACUACCAACCAUUUGGUUUUAAAUUGUGCUUGAGAAGAGAGUUCGUUUUGAAUUCGAUUCACUCUUUGACAGUUCCAAGAGAUGUGACGGGCAGAAACUUGUUAUUUGUUGUAUGUUUUAUUUUCCUUUCGUCGAUAACGACUCCAAGUCAUUCAUCCUCUUCAUUUCCUCAUUUCACAACUAAUAUGUCUUUCGUCAGAGAAAGCGAUUCUCCCCACUUUCUUCGCCCUUGCACGGUCUCGUCCUCAUGCACUGACUAGUCAAUAAAACCAGCCCGAGCAUAAACUGAAUUGAGUUCUUGAACG